AUGUCUUCUUCCCACCGGUCUCACUCGAACUCUUUGUCCUUGUCCGCUACCAAUACCAUCCAUCGUGUCCAUCGACGGAAGAGCGUCAACGCGUCGGCCUCUAGCACAGCCCAAGCCGCUAUUGCAGCUGCGCUGAGAGAGAAUGGCGAAACAACUGCAACGUCGGUGCCACACCGGCGAAGCAUUGGAUCAAAGAAACAUGCCGACUCUCACUCGAUGAGCACGAGGCCAAACAUGCACUCCUACCUCGGCCCUGGCAGCACUGCUCGCUCAAUCGAGCAGGACACAUUCGAGGAUGUAUCUAUGGACGAAGAAGAGACACAAGCAGACCAGGACUUUGUCAAGAACCGCAACAGGCGUGCUAGCGAAGGCUCGCAUCUGCUAAAAGGCGGCUCUAAGAAGACUGAGCUUCGCUGCGAUACCUGCGGCAAGGGAUACAAACACAGCAGUUGCCUGACGAAGCACAUGUGGGAACACGAUCCAGCUUGGGCAGUGACCUCGAAAUUGCUCAUUUCUAAGCAUCAACAGGUUCAAUUGCUUGAGGCUGCCUCGGUCCUCUGCAACAUGACUGUGGAUGGAAAUGUCGAGGUCAUUGAACCAGACACUGUUCACAUUGAUCCAAGCGAAACAUCCUCAGCUUCCCCUGUCUACUCAGGAUCAUCUGAAGUUCACGACGACACAAGCUCAGUAGAGACGACACCUCCACCAAUGAGUGAAGAUGAUACACCUGAUCUGAAACGGUACAGUGCUAGCAGUGCAGGGUUCUCACGAUCUUAUCGCUCUGCAGCAUCCUCCUACGUCGAAUCUGCCUUCUCUCCAAACUUGUUUCCUCAACGACUUAGCGGAGUUGACUUUCGGCCGACAACUUCUGGCACAGACGAUGGAUUACUUGCCGCAGCUGCAGCCGGCUUGACCUUCAGUGGAACUCCAAGACCUACCACAUCUGACGACAUUCCUCCUGUACCUCCACUUCCACAACAAUACCAAUCCUACAGCAGGUCUGCGAAGCUAGACUCUAUGCAUAACCCUUUCAGCCUACACCCUCCCUCGUUGACACAACAGUUGUCGGAUGAAAGAAAUUAUAGGUCCGAUAAGAACGAACACGACGAUCGGCACAACAACCACCUAGAAGAAGAAGGCAUGUUCCACAUGGAACAAUGA